AUGGGCGGUGUCAAUUACAGCAACUGUGCCCUAUCUUUUGAUUUGGAGAAAAGCGGCAGAAUGCGUCUUUUACUCAUUGGGCAUAGAUGCCGGUCCUCUGAUAUCAAUGACCAACUUACUUCUCCUUCAACGUACAUUGCAUUCACAGUGUAUCCCGGUGUGACUUAUUAUUUGGAGUGGGGCUUCAUAUGGGCUGUUCUUUUUUACACAGUUUUGACUCUUUCUUUUGCUUCAAUUUAUGUAUUUGAUCCAUUAUUCACAAUUCAGUUAAUUUCACUAUGUAUUUUCUGUUGUCUUUGUGGCAUCCCCUUUUGUACUCGCGGCGGGAUAUAUAUUUUUCAUGCAAUCGAAAAUCUUAAUUCAAACUGGAAUUCAUUUUCUUUAUCGCUUGUACAAGUACUUGUUGUUUGCCAUGUUUAUGGUGUAGACAAUUUCCUCGAAGACAUUGGUGAAAUGUUGCGUGCAGAAAAACCGCCACGUCCUGUUCUUAUUACGGGCAUAAGCCGAGAACAGUUUCUUUGGCAUAGAUUUUGUUACUUCUUUGGUCCAUGCGGUGGAUAUAUCAAAUGGAUGUGGAGUUUAUUUGCACCCAUUGUCCUCAUACUUUUGUUAUUUGCAUCCAUCUUGAGUUACGAGAGGGUACGCUUUAAUAACGUAGAAUUGCCAUUUGUUUUUGAAAUGAUCGCUUGGAUUACGAUGAUUGGACCUCUACUAAUUGUCCCAGGAGCAGCAAUUUGGAAUAUCAUCGAGGCAUUUCGAAAUGAUCGGCCAAUAAAAGAUGUUUUUGGCACUAACAAUUGGCGGCACAAAGAGGAAGAGAAUAAGCAACCUAAGCAUCAGGACGAAGGCAGACAACAUCUUUAUUCAUAUAUCGAUCCACUUUCUCGAGGAGCCUCAGCCAAAUCUAAUAAAAACAUUUCCAAUUUUUCUUCAUCUUGGAAAAAAGAGCAUGAUGAUGAGAGAUAUGCACGAGUAACGCAGCAGCUGCGCCAAUGGACUAGACAAGCUGGCAAGAGCACAAGUGAAAGCAAUUUAAGUGAGGAUUUUAUUAUUAGAAAUAUAUUUGACGCAAAAGCAAUGUAA